AUGCCUGUAAUAUAAAAACAAAGUACUUUUAAGAAAAAGAAUUUUAAAGAAAAGGUGAACUAGUUCAGAAAAAUAGUAUUCAUUUUAUUAGAAGAUCCUUCAUCAAGUAGAUUGGCAGGCUUAAUACAGUAUAUCAUUUGUUUUACAAUUUUGCUAUCUUAAGUUUAAAUACUUUGUGAUUCGCUAUUUGAUAAGUAAUUGAAUUAAUUUGAGAUAGUAAUUAAACCUAUAAUGAUUUAAGCAAUGAUUGUGAAAUCCUUAUUUUUGUUGUUUUUGUUCUAGAAUAUCUGUUUCGAUUGUCAACAUACACCGUUUAUGGCUAUCCAAUUAAGAAGUUCUUAUUUUAACAUAUGAAUCUAAUAGGUAGAUUAAGUAUUAAUUAUAGAUCUAUUAUCAAUUGCUCCUCUUAGUAUAAUUUCAUUAAUGUAUGGUAAAACUGCAUUAAAUGGAUUGAGAAUUUUGAAAUUGUUUAAAGUGAUCAGAAUAUUAAAAGUCAAGAGGUACUUGAAAGGAGUGGAUAUUUUGUAUAAAAGUGUUGCAGAUAGCAUAUCUCAGUUUUAUUUUUUGAUAAUAGCUUUUUUAUAAAUCACACUUGCUUAUGCGAUAGUUUUAUAUUAUUCGGAGCAUACAGAAAAUGAUUUAGAAAUUGAAAAUGCAGUUUGGCUGGGCAUAGUCACCAUGACAACUGUGGGAUAUGGUGACUAUGUCCCAAAGACCAUAAUUGGUAUAAUAACCACUUGUAUUAUGGCUUUGAUGGCUAACACAGUAAUUUUCUCUCUUCCUGUGGCAAUACUCAAUAUAGAAUUUCAAGAACUUUAUGGAAGCAAAAAAGAAGAAGAAUAGAUUAGCAUGCUUAAAAAGGGAAUGAGAACUGGAAGAAGGGAUUCAAUAAAGAAUAAAGAGUUUAGUUUCUUUAAUUAAAGAUUACAAAUUAUUGAAUAAAGAAAUAAAGAGAUUCAGGAACUAUUAAACAAGAGUAAUAAAAUGGCUAAAGAACUGACUAAAGAUUUGAAGAGGUUGUUUCUAUCAGUUAAUGAUGAUGCAGAUUAACUUCUUGAUAAUUUAAAUUCCCCCAGACCUACUAAAUAAAAUGUAUUGUUAGUUAAGGCUAAUCUUUAUGAUAAAUUAAUCAGGGCUAAAAAGAAAAUUUAAAUCACAAGCAUCUUCAGGAAUUUAAAAUAAGAUUCAGAUUAAGAAUUAAAUGAGAGUCCCUUAAAUCAAACUGUAUCUGGUUAGAUAAACAAACAAAAAAGCUUUUUUAGAAUGAUGUCUGAUAGAAAGCAAAACAAAAGAAAAAUAGGAAUAAAAAGUCACUCUUCUGAAAAUAUCAAUUAAUUAAUUGUACUCAGGAAUGAAGAGUAUGGUGAGUUACCUUUUGACUUUUUGAAUGAAGUGCUUUUAUAAAUUCAUGAUGAUAUGUUUUUAGAUGUUGAUGAACAUCCUACGAAUUAAUAAAAGCAAUCUAUUAUCAUACCUGAUAGUAGUGAAAUAAUUAAUAGAGAACCAUCAUUUAGAAUCAAUUCAUUAUAGUAUAAUCUAUUAUUAUAUCUUAAGUGGUUUUGACAGUCCUAUGAAUAAACUUAAUUAAACAAAUUGUGGAAGCUCGAAUCAACAGAGACGUAAGAUUUCUGAUUUUGCAAGUUUAUUUGACAAGAAAACUGUUAUUAAUUUAAAAAGUACUUCUAUUCGUCCUUUUUCCUCUAAUGAUUGUGGGUUGAGAAGUAUUACUGAAAUAUCAAAGGCCAAAAAGAAAAACUCAUAUACUAAACAGUAAAUUGAUGAAAUGCAUUAAAGAACUAAGCCUAAGACACCUCAUUAAUUUGUUAAUUCUAACAACAAUCUUAAAGAUCUAGAUAGUGGUAAAAAUAAAGAUGAGUUUCGAUAAAAAUAUUCUAGAGCAUCAAUAGUGGAAUUAUAUUCUCCUCAUCAAUACUUAAAUAUUUAAGAAUAAUGUUCUUGUCUUGAAUGUCAAAACUUUAAUAUUGAAUAGAAUUAUUGA